AUGUCAGGCCUCUUCGGGACCGCAACUUCAGCCACGGCUGCGUCUAGCACCACGGGAGAUGUCUCGAAGGAUGUCGCCCUCACUUCCCCUCCUGAGGACAGCACGUCGGAUCUACAGUUCUCCCCGGCGGCUGAUUUUCUUGCAGUUGCAUCAUGGGACAAGAAAGUGAGAAUAUACCAGGUGAACGAGCAAGGUCAGAGCGAAGGCAAGGCAGCUAUGGAUUUUGAAGCUCCCGUUUUGAGUUGCUCAUGGUCAGAGGAUGGAACCAAAAUUGUGGGCGCCGGCGCCGACAAAACCUUCCGCUUACUUGACCUUGGAUCUGGCAACAUGACGCCGCAGACCCUCGUGGCGCAUGAACAGCCCAUACGAGCAUGUCGCUUUGCGAACAUCAACAACUCACCCAUUUUAAUCACUGGUUCGUGGGACAAGACCGUCAAGUAUUGGGAUCUGCGGUCGCCCAACGCGGUCGCGACCCUGCAGUGUCAAGAACGAGUCUACACAAUGGAUGUCAAGAACAAGCUCCUCGUCAUCGGAACCGCGGACCGAUAUAUCAACAUCGUCGACCUGAACUCACCGGAAAAAUUCUACAAAUCCAUGCAAUCACCGCUGAAAUAUCAAACUCGAGUGGUCAGCUGUUUUACCGAUGCCACAGGGUUUGCCGUGGGCAGUAUCGAGGGAAGAUGUGCCAUUCAAUACGUGGAAGAGAAAGACUCGGCCAACAAUUUCAGUUUCAAGUGUCAUCGAGACAGCCCGACGUCCGGCCCCAGUCGCGACGUCUCCAACGUCUUCGCCGUCAACGCCAUCUCCUUCCACCCCAUACAUGGGACCUUCUCAACAGCCGGCAGCGACGGGACAUUUCACUUCUGGGACGGCAACGCCAAACAUCGACUCAAAGGAUAUCCCAACGUCGGGUCGCCCAUCACAGCAACCGCGUUCAAUCGGCAGGGCACUGUCUUUGCAUACGCGGUUUGCUAUGAUUGGAGUCAAGGCUACCAAAAGAAUACUCCGCAGACCACCAACAAGAUCAUGCUUCAUGGUGUGCAACCAGAGGAGGUGAAGCCCAGACCUGGAGGAAAGAAAAGAUGA